AUUAGUGUUUAGACAGUGCCCAGAGAAGCCCAGUGGACACCAAAAGAGCCAUGGUGCUGCUGAGCGGGGAGUGGCUGGGGUCCGUGGCCGUGGCCGUGGUCAUCUUCCUGCUCCUCGUGGACCUGAUGCACCGCAGAGCACGCUGGGCAGCUCACUACCCACCUGGCCCCACGCCUCUGCCUGGGCUGGGCAACCUGCUACAGCUGGACCGUAAGGAUAUACCACGCUCCAUAGACCGGCUGCGGUACCGUUAUGGGAACGUGUUCAGCCUGCAGCUGGCGUGGUCAUCAGCGAUCGUGGUCAGUGGUCCGGCGGCUGUGCGCGAGGUGCUGGUGGAGCACAGAGAGGACACCUCAGACAGGCCCCCAUCUCCCUCCCUGGAGCACCUGGGUUUCGGGCCUCUCUCCGAAGGGGUCAUCCUGGCGCGCUAUGGACACGCGUGGCGCGAGCAGCGGCGCUUCUCUCUGUCCACCAUGCGCAACUUUGGGCUGGGCAAGAAGUCCUUGGAGGAGUGGGUGACUGAGGAGGCCUCCUGCCUCUGUGCCGCCUUUGCUGACCAGGCAGGCAGCCCCUUUCGCCCCAAUGAGCUCCUGAACAAGGCUGUGAGCAAUGUGAUUUCCUCCCUCAUCUAUGCGCGCCGCUUUGAGUAUGAUGACCCUCGCUUCCUCAAGAUGCUGGAUCUCAUAGAGGUUUUCCUAAAGGAAGAGUCCGAAUUUCUCAGGCAGCUGUUUAAUGAGAUCCCUGUGCUCCUGAAAAUCCCCUGGCUAGUAGACAAGUUCUUCUCUGGGCACAAGGCCUUCCUAGCAAUGCUGGACGAGCUGAUUAAUGAGCACAGAAUGACACGGAAUCCAAACCAGCCAAGAGACCUGACUGACGCCUUCCUGGAUGAGGUGGAGGAGGCCAAGGGGAACCCCGAGAGUAGCUUCAACGAUGCGAACCUGCGCAUGGUGGUGGCAGACCUGUUCUCGGCCGGGAUGGUGACCACGUCGACCACCCUGGCCUGGGCCCUCCUGCUCAUGAUCCUGCACCCGGACGUGCAGCGCCGGGUUCAGCAGGAGAUUGAUGAGGUGAUAGGGCAGUCGCGCCCACCAGAGAUGGCAGACCAGGCCCACAUGCCCUACACCAUGGCCGUGAUCCAUGAGGUGCAGCGCUUUGGGGACAUUGUGCCACUGGGAGUGCCUCACAUGACAUCCCGGGACACUGAAGUGCAGGGCUACCGCAUCCCCAAGGGCACGGUGCUCCUCACCAACCUGUCAUCUGUGCUGAAGGAUGAGAGCUGCUGGAAGAAGCCCUUGCGCUUCUACCCCGAGCACUUCCUGGAUGACCAGGGCCGAUUUGUGAAGAAGGAAGCCUUCAUACCCUUCUCAGCAGGCCGCCGCUCAUGCCCCGGCGAGCCCCUGGCCCGCAUGGAGCUCUUCCUCUUCUUCACCUGCCUCCUGCAGCGCUUCAGCUUCUCAGUGCCUGCAGGGCAGCCCCGGCCCAGCGAUCAGGGAGUCUUUAUUGCCCUUAUACACCCACCUCCCUACCAACUCUGUGCUGUGCCCCGCUAGAGGGAGGCACAAACCCCAAAAUUGCUUCAUGGUUGGGUCCACGUUGGUCAAUAAAGCUGUUCUCCUAUUGA